CUCUUAACACAGAAUGCCAGAAUAUUUUAAGAGCCAGUUGGGGGUGUUUUCCAACCUUUGCUGGAGUUGUUCUAUUUCCUGUAACUAUGUUGCUGUUAGUAAUUACUCUGUUCUUACUGAACGUGUCACCUUCUGUACAGAAACAGAAUGAUUUCUAUACUUUUAAAGUUGUAAAUAUCAGAGGCAAACUUGUUUCUCUUGAAAAGUAUCGCGGUUCGGUAAGUGAGGAAGAUACGAAUUCGAACCAUCCUUUUAGUUUGUCCUAUGUACCAUAUAUCUACACAAUUAAAAUUGAUAAGGUAGAUCGAAGAGUUGAUAAUUACGUUUAUUUUCUGUUUUCCCCUCCUGAAGAUGCAUCGGAAAAAGAGCCAAACUGGAAUUUCUGGAAAUACCUAGUAAAUCCAGAUGGAAAGGUGGUGAAUGCUUGGGGGCCUUCAAUUCCUGUGGAAAAAGUGAGACCACAUGUUACAGAACUUGUACGACAACUCAUCCUCAAAAAGAAGGAUGAACUGUAAUUAUAAGACCUAAACCAGACUGCAUUUCUUUAAGUCUGAAAAGUUUACCUAAAAUACACAAUGACAAAAAAGUGAAUGUCCUUGAUACUGCAGUAUUGGAAAAAGGAGUAUGCUUUUUAAAAUAUAUUUGUUCUCUGUGAUUUUGACUAGGUUUAUUUCAAUAAAAUUAACUGUACAUCAAGGA